AAGCCAUCCCUCUCCCACUCAGCACAAGAGCACCAACAAUAUGCGGCUCAUCAAGCAGAAUAUCGAGCGCGACGGUUCGGGGACGGUGGUUCUCCUCCCCGAGGAGCCUGAGGAUAUGUGGCACGCCUACAACCUCAUCUCCCCCCUCGACCUCCUCCGCGCCUCCGCCAUCCGCCGCAUCACCACCGAAUCCGCCACCGGCUCCACCUCCAGCACCCGCGUCCACACCACCCUCGCCAUCCGCGUCACCUCUCUCGACUUCGACGCGCAAGCCGGGCAACUCCACGUCUCCGGCCGCGUCGCCGAGGAAAACAAACACGUCAAAGUCGGCGCGUACCACACCCUCGACCUGGAACUACACCGGAACUUCACCCUGGAGAAGGCCGAGGAGAAUGGGGGGUGGGAUAGCAUUGCCCUGGAUGUUGUCAGGGAGGCGGUUAGGGUCGAUAAGGAGGGCGCGGUGCCGGCGGUGGUGAUGCAGGAGGGGUUGGCGAAUAUUUGUCUGAUUACGGAACAUCAGACUAUCCUGAGGCAGAGAGUUGAGAUCGCUAUUCCGAAAAAGAGGGCGGGGCGCGCGGGCGAUCAUGAUAAGGGGCUUGAGCGCUUCUUUCACGCUGUGCUGGAGACGUUGGGGCGACAUGUAGAUAUCUCGCAGCCGCGGCCGCUGCUGAUUGCUUCCCCUGGCUUUACGGCGGCGGGGUUCGUGGAGUACGUGCUUGAUGAUGCGAGGAGGCGGAAUGAUAAGGCGGUGUUGGGGAAUAAAUCCAAUUUCGUGAUCGUGCACAGUAGUUCUGGGCAUUUACACAGUCUCACCGAGGUGCUGGCCGCGCCGGAGGUGAUGGCGCGGUUGGCGGAUACUAAGUAUGCGAGGGAAACGCGACUGAUGGAGGAGUUUGCGAAGAUGUUGCGGAACGAGGAUGGGCGUGCCUGGUACGGGAAAGGGGAGGUGGAGAAGGCUGUUGCGAAGGGGGCGGUGGGGGUUGGUGGGGGGGUGUUGUUGAUUUCGAAUCAGUUGUUUAGGAGUCAGGUUAUUGGAGAGAGGAAGAGGUGGGUGACGCUCGUGGAUCGGGUGAGGGAGGAGGGGGGGAGGUGA